CUAUCAUAUAGUUGGUUUUGCUGAUGAGAAGGUAGUAAGUCCUUUUGAGUUUGAUACAAGAUGCCCAAAAAUAUGUAAUCAUCCCUUCUUUUUCCCCUGUCAUUUCUUUCUAUUGUACCAGACUGCCAAGGUACAAAGCCUUUUUCUGGGAGGUCCAACCCCAAAAAGCACAUGGCUGCAGUUUGUGAAUCUUUGUAUCAAAGCUGCUAUUUUCACAUUGAUUUGGUCUCAUCCAACCCAGCAUUGGCUGCUCAGAGCAGAAGGUGUUGCCUGUUUUGAGCCUGUGCUAUUGCCUUUGCUACUUCCACUCCUUUCCCUAGCAGCACAGUAAACUGACCUGUGAGAGGAACCUAUGGCAUCAAAGGAGCCAGCCUCCUUCGUGGACAGAACCACCUGGGAUUUCCUCAACCUACUGGACAUGCUGGGGAGCCGGAAUGGAAGGGUGGGUGUGAUGGAGGUGGACCAUGCUGAGUCAAGAGCUCCCUCAUUGCUGGUGGAUUUUACCAGGGACCUGUGUGGCACAGGGGACAUCAAGCACAAACCACAGCAGGAAGAGAAUGACAGAAAGGAAGAGGAGGACCUGGCUCCUCCACAUCUGAUUUUUAUGCUAUGGCAAGCCAAUGUGUUGAAAAGGCUCAUGCAGUGGGAUCACCUGGAGGAAGCUGUGCGGGAUGUGAGGAGCCUCCUCCCCUGCCUGCCAGAUGUGCUGGUGCUUGUGAUGAUCCGUCCUGACUCCCAGGAGCAGCUGGACCAGGCAGUGAGAGCGCUGAGGAGAAUGCAGUGCGUGCUGGAUGGGGCCCUGCAACUGACUGUAGAGACUGCAAUUUACAGCCCAGGCCAGCCUGGAGGUAUCCUGGAGGCAAAGAGAGCUGCCUGUAGGGCACUGAGAGAAGUCUUGAACUGCCAUGAAGAAGUCGACUCCCAGGAGCCAUUUGUUAUUUCACUCCCAGAGCUCAGAUACUGCCGAGUUCUGCCUGAACGUAGGCAAGAGAAGAUAUCAAAGACAGAUGGAGAAUGAACUUCCUUGGGCAGCUGAAUCUGUCAGAUUUUUUGUCAUCCUAAGAUCUUCAUUAUCAUCAAAAAAAAAGGAUUAAAAACCUGAUAUUUAUCUUA